AUGGCCAACGAACAAAGCAUGCCUCUUCCACUAGUGGACGAGCGCAACAGGAAGAUGCUUGAUGCGAUCCACAACGCUCCUUGCAUGAGCCUCCAAAUCGUACUGUUCUCUCUCUACGCCGAGGGUGAUGACAAUCUGAAGACGCGCAUUGAGGAUCUAGUCCACGACUACACUCUCACCCUUCACAACUUGGACGCCGGAAUCGCAACACCUGCCAGCGAGCUGAGAACGGAGCCAGCCACAGAAGUUCCACUUGCGACCGAGGAACCAGUUGAUAACACAAUCUAUUGUCCUGUUUGCGAUGAUUACUUUGAUCCGGACGACGAGGACGACCUGUGUUUCCAUCAUCCUGCAAGUGCUGACUCGUGGCGUCGGUCGGUGACUGGAACAGGCAAGAGGAUCGCCAUCCCCGGCUUUGACAGCGUGGCGUACGAAAAGGACGUUUGUCCCGAAGCGUACCAAAUCAAGGUAGAGGAAGGCUUGGACACGGAGGAGAACCGCUUGGUGCCGCUUUGGGCAAGCACCUGGGACUGUUGUGGAGGGGUAGGUGCUUCGAGGGGGUGUGUUCAGGGUGUCCAUGUGGAGUACGUGGAGGGUAUGGAGGAUUGGGACGACAGUGAUAGUAGCUCUAGUGACGAGAGCGAUUCGGACUGA